UUCCCUCCGUCCGUCUUCCGUGUACGCACUGGGGAGGCUUGAGGUUCAGGGCAGGGAGGUUGGGUGGAUUAAAAGGUUUCCAUGCUGGCGGCUGUCGUUCAUGAUUUAAGUUAGUCCUACAUCGUUUCAUUAGUUUCUACCGACAUUCGACGAUGAAGAUUCAUAUCAAAGUGCUGCAAGGACAGGAGUGUUCAAUGGAAGUUUCAUCAGAAAUGUCUGUUUUGGAACUAAAAGAGCAAGUUUCAACAAGAUUAAAAAUACCUGUCAACCAGCAAAAAUUUCUUGUUAGUGGAAAGACUCUCUCAGAUGAGAAAAAUCUAGACCAUUAUGGAGUAAAAGAAGGAACCAAACUGAUUUUAGCUGUACGUAAAAUUGAUGACGGAGCACCCGAUGUUAAUCACCUCAGAUCUGCUGCAUAUACAUUCCUGAGACGAUUUUAUUCAGAUCCAGAGGCCAGAAAAAUUCAAGAAGAGUUCAUCAAAAGUUUCCAUAAAUCUGUUAAUAGUUUGAGUCUAGAUGAUUUGGAACGAAUAGCAACUAUGCAUAUCAAUGAAGUAAAGUAAGUCUUGAAAUUUUCACCAAGUGAUGAGAUGAAGUUGUCAAACGUUUUCUACUGGACUUCGCUGCAAGUACUGGAACAACCCUAAGGAAGGGUGUUCUCUUUCAUAAUCAACAUUUCCAUCUUGAGAGGCAUUUUUUUUUUUCAACAUAAGCUUUGUUGUAUAUAUUGAGAAGACAAAUAUUAUUUACUUAAAUUGUAUUUAAUGUCACAAUAAAUUAAUCCUAUUUUGAAUA